CAUUGUUUUUGGCAUUGAUUUUCAGAAAAGAAAAUUUUGAGCAAAAGGCCCUAUAGUAAAUAGACUCUAGCUGAGCUGAGCUGCGGCCCAGCCCAAGCCCAAGCCGAAGGCGAAGCCCACCAGCAGGCCCGUAGUAGCGCCACAUCAAAACCCCACGCCCCCGAUCGGAUCGGGCUGCGAGUGCGACUAGGGUUCCUCCUCCGCCGCCCCCUUCCAUUCCCCCACCAUGGCGUUGUUGCUCCGCCGCGCCGCCGCCGCCGCCGCCGCCGCCCGCCACGGCCCCGCCGCCGCCGCCGCCGCCCGCCACGGCCCCGCCGCCCUCCUCCUUCCCGUCGCGCCCAUCUCCAGUGCAGUCAGACCCCUUCCAUUCCACCACCAUGACGUUGUUGCUCCGCCGCGCCGCCGCCGCCGCCGCCCGCCACCGCCCGGCCGCCCUCCUCCUUCCCGCCGCGCCCAUCUCCAGCAGCGCAGUCACACGGCUCCCCGUCCUCCUCCGCCCGCCACCACCGGCCUUCCAUUUCUCGCCAUGCCGCCGCAUGUGCGUCCUCACCGAGUCGGAGCUCAACGACUUGAAGUCGGAGUUGAUUAAAAUGGAGGCCGAAGGCGUUGCUCUGUACAGUUCGACCUCGACCUCUAUCCUCAAGUUAGAGAUCGAGGUGGACAAGCUGUGCAAGGCUACUGCAGACAAGGCACACCUCGCCGCGCGCACCGUCGGUGACACCUCCUUCCUGAUCUGCGGAGUGGUUGUGUCGGCUGCGGUCUUUCUUGGCGUGCUCGGCCUCUUGGCUGUGUAUGCCGCCGGUGCCCGUGCAGCCAAGAGUGCUGCGGGCGACUACGUGGAUGAGAAGCUUACUGAAGUGGAGAUGAUCGUGGAGAAGAAGGUGCUGACCAGCAUCAAGAAGACAUGAACUUGUUGCGUCACGCCGACAUGAAGCUCGACAGCCGGGCGGCUGCGAUCAAGGCCAAGGAGGAGGAACUGCGUGCCAGGCAGGCGGCCAUCACGUUGAAGAAAACUCAAGGGCGAGCCACCAAGAAUGGCGAGGAGGAAACCGUCAACGGUCAGGUGCAGGGACCCUUUUACCGGAUCCUGAAGUACGUUGGACUGGGGUGAGUGAUCCGGUCGUGCAAGAGGUGGCAGAGGUUGUAGAGAAGUGGUGUCAAGUUGUGUCAGUGUCUUGGCAUGGUGCGAACUAAAGGUAUCUGGUCUGUUGGUUGUGUGGUAGCUGAGCUUCUAGAGUUGGUUGUGUGGUAGCAGAGGUUGUAGAGAAGGGGUGUCAAGUUGUGUUAGUGUUUAGUGGCGUGGUGCAAGUUAAAGGUAUCUGGUCUGUUGGUUGUGUGGUAGCUGAGUUUCUGAAUGGUCAGAACCUUGCUCUAGAAGCUCAGUUUUCUUCCAGCCAAGUUCAUUAGUUGAGGUUAUGCUUUCUUGAACAAUAUCACUUGAUUUCGUAGGACACAUAAUUUUUGUUUAUCAUUAUA